GUAACUAAAAUUGGAUCACAAUCACAACAGAUAACAGUGGUUGUUUUUUCUGAAUUUGGAAUCAAAUCGAACGUUUUUUUCCUUCGUUGCAACAAAAAAACAUCGUGUGUCAAAUAUACAAACACAAUUUGAUUGCGAUGGCGUCAUUUAUAAUCGCCAAUCGCAUUCGUUCAUCACCAUUAUUAUCAUUAACAUGGUGGUUAUCAACGACAACGAUAUUGACGAUAGUAAUUUUAUCCAUCAUAAUCGAUUCAAUUGAUUGUAUAAAUGAAAUCAAAUAUUAUCAUUAUUCUAUUGAUCAUCAACAACAACCGAAUUUUAAUCCAUAUUCAUUGCCUACAAUAAAUGGUAAAUUAUUGGCAUCAAAUCAAACAUUUUUUUUACGUAAAAAAAAUCGUCAACCAAAUAAUCAAACAUCAUCUUUAUUAUCAUCAGCACGACAACAACAACAACAGCAACAAUAUCCAUUAAAACAAUGGCAACCAUCUUUAAAUCGAAAUUUAAAUUCAAAUUCAACAACAACAACAACACAUCCAUAUCAUGUACUUAUAGGUGAAGGUCGUAAUCCAUUACCAUCAUCAUCAUCGGAUAAUGAAACUGUUAAAGCUUCAGAUUCAAAUAUUCAACCAAUAAGUAUAAUACGUACAAAUAGUUUUCAACGACAACCAUUAAUGGAUCAACAAUAUCAUAUUAGUCAAGAACCAAUAAUCGAUAUACAAGAACCACCAUUACCAAAUUAUCAAUGUGAUUCCAUUAUACAGGAUUAUCAUUUUAUUAUUGAAUCACCUGAAUAUCCGGCACAAUAUCCAUUAAAUCGUAUUUGUUCAUAUUAUAUUGGUAAAAAUCGUUCGGAUGUUUGUCAGAUUGAGCUUACCAUCUCGGACAUGGACAUCGAAGAUACGGCUCAAUGCACCGAUGAUUAUCUUGAUCUUGGUAUUACAAGUAUUAAACCAUUGAAUCAAACGAAACAACCACAACAACAACAAGGUGAACGUCUUUGUGGUCUAAUGUUGCGAAAUACAAGACGUGUUAUAAAUUUUCCACUGAAUACUACACAUAUACGUUUAACAUUUCAUUCGGAUUCAAAAAAUGAUCGUCCAUAUCGUGGAUUUUCGGCCGAAAUUCAACAGAUACCGGGUACUUGUUCAUAUGUAAAUUAUUCAUAUACAACCGAUUGGAAUCAACAAUAUCCGAUUAGUGGAAAAAAUCCUGUUUAUCAACCUGGUCGUAGUGGUUCAUAUCCAUCAUCACAAAUUCCAAUUAACACUGGUAGUUCUUAUAAUCCUGCUUAUGGCAAUAAAUUUCCAUCCACUGUUGGUAUUAAUCAUUAUUCACCGAAACCUUUUUCAGGAACAUCAGGUGGUAGUUUUUAUCCAUCAUCUCCGUCACCACCACAGCAACAACCAUAUCCAAUGAAUGGUCAAUAUCCAAUAAAUACAGCUGGACAAUAUCCAGGAUAUCAUGGACAACAACAACCAUAUCCAACAUCAGGCAUUAAUACUGGAUAUGGUCAACGAUUAUAUCCACCACAACAUCCAAUUUAUAAUAAUCGUCCAUCUUUGCAAGAUUCGAGUGGUGUAAUCUAUCAGAAUGCAGAUAAAAGACCCGGAUUCAAUAGCGGUGGUAGUGAUAUGAAAAUACCUUAUGAUCAAAAUCGUCCUUCAUCUAUUUAUCCACCACAUACUAAUGCCAGUAAAGUUGGACCAAUCUAUUUGGCAUCAUAUUGUGAUGUAUAUCUUGGUGAAUAUCAAGGUGAAAUUCGUUCACCAGGUUAUCCAUUCGGUUAUCCAGUAAAUCAUACAUGCAUGUAUACAGUGAAAAAAGCUAAUGAUGAUGUUUGUGGAUUAGAAUUAAUAUUUCAUCAUUUUGAUGUACAAACACCGAAUACUCAAAAAGAUUUGACCGAUAAUUGUUAUGGUGAUUAUCUUAUACUACCUGAUGGUGAUCGUCUUUGUGGUUAUUAUACACAAUCAAUGAGUGGUGAUUAUAAGCUGAAAAAAUACUUUGAAUUUCCUGAAACAUCGGAAUAUGUAUUCAUGCAAUUCAUAAGUGAUGGACAACAAACACCCGAUGGUAGUGGUUUCUGGAUCGAAGUUAAACAGCUACCGAAUACUUGUAAGACGAAGAUAGAUUAUCCAUCAAAACGUUGUGAUCGUAUCAUUUCCGGUCAAUAUUCAACGGUAGAUCGUGUUUAUUCUCCCGGAUUUCCACAAUAUUAUGGUAAACGACAACAAUGUGUCUAUUUCGUUCAACCGAUGGAUGAUAAAACAUGUGAAUUUGAAUUGGAUCUUGUACAAUUUAAUCUUGAACAACCGAAUAAUCCACAAGAAAAUUGUCGAAAAGAUUAUCUACAGCUACCGGAUCGAAAACGUAUCUGUGGUCAUCAUAAAUUUCGACGAAUAUUUCAAUUUCCUAAAUAUCAUGAUCGUACUAGUAUGUUUUAUUUUCAUUCCGAUGAUCAAAUCGAAGAUCGUGGCUAUGAAAUUGUUAUUCGUCAAGUACCGAAUAGUUGUGAUAAUUACAAUUAUAAUACAAGUGGUCAAUUUCCUACAACAGGGCCACCACAAUCAUGGAAUACGAAUGUUUAUGUUCCAGCAAAUGAUCCAAACAUACCGGCCGGUUAUGUACCGCCUACACCUGUUUUUACAUAUGAUAAUAAUACCGGUGGUUUACAGCCAUAUCAACCACCAUUACGACCUGGUAGCAGUAUAUAUCCUAACGGUCCUAAUGUUAUCAAAAUGGGAUCUGGGGAAUUUGGUCGUAAAAAUCUAAUGCCAUCAAAUGUCAAUGUUCCUGGUUAUCCAACACCACCACCAUAUUGGAUGAAUACAAACAUACCAAACAAUUUGAAUGAUCCAAGAAAUGUAGAUUCUUCCGGUACAAUACCGUUAUUCUAUGCAAACGGAACUUUAGCAACUAGGAUACCACCAAUGAAACCGGUUGAUAUGAUACCUUAUUUGAAAAAAGGAAAAACAUUCGUUCAAAAAGAUAACGUUGGUCGAUCAUUCACCAUACAUACACCGCAAGAUAUGAAUGCUGUUUCAUUCAAUCGUAUACCGCCAUCAUCAUCAUCAAAUUUUCAACCAGACGAACCAGAAUUUCAAUCAAGUGCCCGAAUUCAACGAUUACCAAAAAUGAACGAACGUUUCCGUUCAUUUGAUCAGAUACCGGCUGCUGCAGCUGCUAUCGAUACAAUGAAUGUCAUGCCAGCUUAUAAUUGUGAUCAAACAAUUACAAGACCUGUAGAAUAUAUUCGUAGUCCAAAUUUUCCGAAUAAUUAUCCGGUUGUAACACGUUGUAUUUAUUCUAUACUUAAAUCCGAUACAAAUGUUUGUCAAAUUCAUUUGCAUCUAUUAUCAUUAGAUUUAGAAUAUACAACUGGUUGUCGUAAUGAUUAUCUUCAUAUUGAACCAACAGGUGAAAGGCUUUGUGGUCGUUUCAGCCAGCCUGAAGUUCGUGUUAUAAAUUAUUAUGGCUAUUCACGUGAUAUUCGAUUGAUAUUCAAUUCAGACCGUGAAAUUACAAGCGCUGGUUUUGAAGCACGUAUUGAACAGAUACCGAAUUCCUGUAAUGAACAACGAUCAAAUGUUACGACAUUGAAUGCAAUGGUCAUGGCAAUUGGUCGACAAUUUCAACAACAACAACAGCAACAACAACAAAAUCAUCCAUCAACAUUAUUGACUACAUCAUCGUUAAUGUCAGCUGUUACAUCAUCACCAUUGCCAACAACAUCUUUAGAACGAUUUAGGACAAGUGAACCACCAUAUGCAAGUUCAAAUGGACCACAAGAUAUUGCACCACAAGCAUUGAUUAAUUUAAAUCAAUCAAGUACGACAUUAAUUCCGGGUAUGCUUUCACCAAAUCGUCGUUUAUGUCAAACAACAACUGCUAUGGAAACCUAUUUUGAAAGUGAUAAUUUUCCUCUUGAAUAUCCAAGUAAUUUGGAUUGUUUAUAUAAAAUAUUUCGUGCUAAUCGUAAUGUUUGCCGAUUGGAAAUCAAUUUUGAAGAAUUCAAUGUUGGUGAUGAAAAUUAUUUUGGUCCUGGUGAUAAUCAACGUUCACCAGUUCGGUCUGAUGAAUAUCCAAAUGAGGAAAUAGCAGAACAAAGAGAACGACAACGAAAUCGUCCUGUUGGUGAAUGUUUGAAUGAUUUUAUUGAAAUCGACGGUAUUCGUUAUUGUGGACAAAGAUCCGGUCAACAAAUAGCUAUAAAUUUUCCAAAAUUUUUAAAUGAAAUUCCUUUACGAUUCAUAUCGGUCAAUUCACCUCAUGUAUCCAGUUUUAAUGGAUUUCGUUUGAAAAUAAGACAAAUUGAUGAAAAUUGUCGAAAAUCAUCAUUAACAAGUCGUUCAAAUAAUAAUGAUGUCGAAAUGGAAGAUGAAUUUGGUCCGGCCAUUAUUGAAUCAUGUCCAAAAUUAGCAUCAACAAAUUCAACUUCAACAUUACAAUCAUCAUCAUCAUCGGCACCAAUGAUGAUGGUCACCGGUUUGGAUGAAACUGCCAAUUAUCCAUCAUCAAUAAUCAGUGAAGAAUUUGUUAAAAUUCAAAGUCCACAAUUUAGUCUACCAUCACAAUUACAAUAUGAACCAUUUUUAGAUUGUAAUUAUGUGAUACAAAAAGUAAACAAAGAUAUCUGUUCAUUGGAGAUACGUUUCGAAAUGUUUUCAUUGGAAGAAUCACGUUCCUGUACAAAAGAUUAUCUGGAAAUUAAUCAUUUACUACGACUUUGUGGUAAACUGCCUAUGGAUACUACUCGUGUAUUCGAUUUUAAUGACGAUAAAAUGAUCAUACAAUUCCAUACGGAUUCUGAUCAACAGGAAAAAGGUUUUGCCAUGAUACUCAAACAGAUUCGAUGUUGAUCAUCCAAUUCUGACUAAUUCAAAUAAUAAUCGUUUGGAAAUGAAAAAAAAA